AUGGUGGUCUGGGUGCAUUUUCCCGGCCUACCGCGGGCAAAGUUUGCACGGAUGGCUGUCGAAGUCGAUCUAUCGAAACCGGUGCUGCCGAGGAUUAGGUUAGACGGCCGGUGGCAGAAAUUUGAUUAUGAAAAUCUCCCUGUUGUCUGUUUUGAGUGUGGGAAAGUUGGACAUACGAACGUCUCUUUCCCUACCCUUGAUCGAGGACCGUACGGUGAAGCUGAUAGAGGUUCGUUGGCAUCGGCGGUGAUUGUGGUCGGCGAUUCUACGCCGGAGGCCAAUGCCGGCUUUGGCCCAUGGAUGAUUGUUUCGCGCAAAUCACAGCGAAAUCAGAAAGUUACUGCCACAAUAGGUAAGUUGGAGCAAGUGUUGGUGAUCACCAACGGGCCGAAGAAAGGAGACGAACCGAAAGAGAGCGAUAUUGCGGGGAAAUCUUCAUCACAAAAAUCAGCGAAAUCUCAGCAAAAGCAACGACAACAAAUAGGGGAAAACCAGACGAUGAAAAGAGAGGGAAAGAGCAAAGGAAAUUCGAAAUGGAAAGGGAAAGUGACGGAGCAGGUAGGGCACGUUGAAAAGGGCCUGUUUGGCCCAAAGCCCAACUUGGAGGAGGCCUCUUCCACCGGGCCUAGCCACACUUCCAAUAAGGCUAUCAGCCCUACACCACAAGACAUGGGCUCUCGGCUGGUUGUGAGCGGAUCUAGUGGGUCUAUUGGGAAGGGACCGGUUUUGGAUACACUAACCGGGCCAGCGACCCAAAUCAUAGCGGGUGGGAAUGGAAGCAAAAUCCACAUCGUGGAGACGCAGCCGUACCAGCCACAUGCACCUCGCCUGGUUAAUCCAGAGAUGCCGCCGGCGGUUUCCAGGACGAAAUCUAAGAAAGAGGGACGAGAAAAGAAGGGUCGGAACAAGGAGAAGCGAGUCUCGCUAACCCUACAACAAAUCAAAGAGUGGACGAAGGCGACAAAACCGAAGGCGGUGGCAGAGGUCGAGUCAAUGAAAAAUGAAGAAGCAAAGAAGAUGGUUAUGAAAAUGAGUGGGAUUGAGAGCACUCAUGCCGCCCCUGGCCUCUAA